AGAACCACAGAACCCAAAAAAAAAAACUGCUUAUUUUACAGAAAACCCAUAUGGCUCUGUUCAGAGUCCCAUGUUUUUUCCCUUCUACUCUCCCUUCAUCCUUUCCAAAGCUAUUGUCGCCAGUUCCUUCCUUUUCAAUUUCUUCUUCUUCAAAAUCUACUCCCAAUCAAUUAAAAAAUGACGGUGAUGACAGUAAUACGGAUAAUCCCAAGAAAUCAAAGAAAUUGUCAGAGCAGUCUUCCUGGGAAACCAAAGAUUCUGAAGGAAGAGAUUAUCUUUACAGGCUUGGCCAAGAGGGUGAUAACAUGAACAUAGCUGUUGGUGCUAAAGCUGGUGUGAUUGAUGAUCUUUUUACUGGGAAUUUUCUUGGCAAAGACUCGGAUAUUGUGUUUGAUUACAGGCAGAAGGUGACGAGGUCCUUUGAGUAUCUACAAGGGGAUUAUUACAUUGCUCCUACAUUCUUGGAUAAAGUUGCAUGCCACAUCGUGAAGAACUACAUUGCUCAUCUUCUCAAUGUGAAAGUUCCUUUGAUUCUAGGUGUCUGGGGAGGGAAAGGUCAAGGGAAAACAUUCCAAACUGAACUCAUUUUUCAGGCUAUGGGGAUUGUACCUGUAAUUAUGUCUGCUGGGGAACUAGAAUCUGAAUGGGCUGGAGAACCAGGAAAAUUAAUACGUGAACGCUACAGAACAGCUUCCCAAGUGGUCCAGAACCAAGGCAAGAUGAGUUGUCUGAUGAUCAAUGACAUUGAUGCUGGCCUUGGUAGAUUUGGUAAUACUCAAAUGACAGUAAACAAUCAGAUUGUUUCUGGUACCUUAAUGAAUUUGUCAGAUAAUCCAACUAGAGUUAGCAUUGGACAAGAUUGGCGAGAAUCAGACAUAACAAAUAGAGUCCCUAUCAUAGUCACAGGGAAUGAUUUUUCAACCCUUUAUGCUCCCUUGAUUCGUGAUGGAAGGAUGGAAAAGUUCUACUGGCAGCCUACUCAGGAAGAUAUUGUGAACAUUGUUCACAGAAUGUAUGAGAAAGAUGGCAUAUCUAGGGAUGAGGUUGUAAGCAUUGUGGAGAAGUUUCCCAAUCAAGCCUUGGAUUUUUAUGGAGCUCUUAGAUCCCGAACAUACGACCGAUCAAUUUCAAAGUGGGUUGAGGAUAUUGGAGGAGUUGAAAAACUUGGAAACAAGCUGCUGAGACGAAGAAAGGAUGAAGAGCUCCCCGUAUAUACUCCCCCACAGCAAACGGUAGAGGCUUUACUUGAAUCAGGGCAUUCUCUCCUCAGGGAUCAACAGCUAAUAAUGGAGACCAAACUUUCAAAGGAGUACAUGAAGAACCUUGAUGACUGACUCUCAUACAAUACAAAAUAUUAUCAACACUGUUGAUCUCUCUCUCUCUCUCUCUCUCUCUCUCUGUUUUUGGUUUAUUGAGAUGUGGAGUUAAAUCAUGUAUAACCUAAUUUAGACGCACACAUAUUUGUGGCCUUAAUUAUCAGACGAUGGGUCCAUGCCCUUUAGUAUC